AUGCCGCUCAAUACCGUUGAAGAGCUAGUUGCAGAUAUCCGUGCAGGUAAAAUGGUCAUCCUGAUGGAUGACGAAGAUCGUGAAAAUGAAGGUGAUUUAGUUAUCGCAGCGACCCAUGUUCGCGCAGAAGACAUCAACUUUAUGAUCACCCACGCACGUGGUUUGGUGUGCUUAACGCUCAGCCGUGAUCGCUGUAAACAAUUGAAUCUUCCAUUGAUGGUCGAUGCCAAUGGCGCACAACAUGGCACCAACUUUACGCUCUCCAUUGAAGCGGCAGAA